CUGCGCAUGCGCGGUGGCUCUUAAACAACCGCCAUUUUGUGUUAGGCCCACUCUUCCUUAAGCGGGAGAAAACUAUUAGUCCGGCGCUCAGCGGGUACGGACCGUCACACCGGGACUGAAGCAGACCACCGCAUGCAGCGGGCAUCCAGCUGAAUAUACCGGGGGAACGCAUCAGUCGGGAGUGUUAGUUGGCCCAUUGCCAUGGAGGGCGAGGUUAUUUCCAUGGAGACCACUCAGACCGCUGAAGGAAAGGCCCUGUCAGAGGCUGGAGAUGCUUUGAUACAGGGGGCAGUCAUAGCUGCACAUGGGGAGGUGACUGAGAACAUGGAGAUGAUGGUGAUGGACACUCUCGAUCCGACUCUGCUGCAAAUGAAGACGGAGGUGUUGGAGGGCGGCGGCACCGUGACUGUUACCGGUGGAGAUGAGGGACAGAUCAUCACGCUCCAGGUGGUGAAUAUGGAGGAGCAGACGGGAGCUGCGUUAAGUCUUGGGCAGCUUCAGCUGGUGCAGGUACCCGUCACAACAGCAACUGUUGAGGGGCUCCAGGCCACCUACGUUGAUGCAUCAGGAGCUAACAAGGACGCAGAGCCGGUUAUCUGUCACACUCUUCCCUUGCCUGAGGGCUUCCAGGUGGUAAAAGUGGGUGCCAAUGGUGAGGUAGAGACUGUAGAGCAGGAGGAGCUGCAUGCAGUCCAUGAGGAGCUUCAAGGGGUGGUGGAGGAGGAGGAAGAAGAGGCAGCAGGAAUAGAAGCCACUGUGCCUCCACAAGAAGACCCAGAAUGGUCCAAGGACCCAGACUACCAGCCCAUCUCCGGUAUCCGUAACAGAGGGAAGAAGGGAAAGAAGAGCCGCCUGCGUUACGGAGACGGCGAACGUGACAUGGGUUCUGUGUACGACUUUGAAGAAGAGCAGCAGGAGGGGCUGCUGUCAGAAGUGAAUGCUGAGAAGGGUGGCAACAUGAAGCCACCAAAGCCCACCAAGAUCAAGAAAAAAGGUGUAAAAAAGACUUUCCAGUGUGAGUUGUGUAGCUACACCUGUCCAAGGCGCUCCAACCUGGACAGACACAUGAAGAGCCACACCGAUGAGAGACCACAUAAAUGCCACUUGUGUGGACGGGCCUUUAGAACGGUCACACUACUGAGAAACCACCUCAAUACACACACAGGCACCCGGCCACAUAAAUGCCAAGAUUGUGACAUGGCAUUUGUGACCAGCGGUGAGUUGGUGCGUCAUCGUCGCUACAAACACACACACGAGAAGCCCUUCAAAUGCUCCAUGUGUGACUACUGCAGUGUGGAGGUGAGUAAGUUGAAAAGGCACAUCCGCUCUCAUACAGGGGAGCGACCCUUCCAGUGCAGUCUGUGCAGCUACGCUAGCAGAGACACCUACAAGCUGAAGAGACACAUGAGGACACAUUCAGGUGAAAAGCCGUACGAGUGCUACAUCUGCCAUGCUCGUUUCACACAGAGCGGCACCAUGAAAAUGCAUAUUCUGCAGAAACACACGGAGAAUGUGGCCAAGUUCCACUGCCCACACUGUGAUACUGUCAUCGCACGCAAGAGCGACCUUGGUGUUCACUUGCGGAAGCAACACUCAUUUAUUGAGAAGGGAAAGAAAUGUCGCUACUGUGAUGCCGUGUUUCAUGAGCGAUACGCUCUCAUCCAACACCAGAAGACCCACAAGAAUGAGAAGCGCUUCAAGUGUGAACAGUGUGAUUACUGCUGCAGACAGGAACGCCACAUGGUAAUGCACAAGCGUACGCACACGGGGGAGAAGCCGUUUGCCUGCAGCCAGUGUGAGAAAACAUUUAGGCAGAAGCAGCUUCUGGACAUGCAUUUCAAGCGCUACCAUGAUCCCAACUAUCCCACUGCCUUCGUCUGCAGCAAGUGCAGCAAGACGUUCACACCGCAGGGUAGGACUGAGCUCUGAAACACCAUGCUGCGUCACAAUGAGAGCUGCAAUGGUGAAGUCGAAGGAAAUGGAACUCCCGCACCCAAAAAGGCUCCGGGCAGGAAGAGGAAGAUGCAGUCUAGGAGAGACGAGGAUGACACAGAGGAUGAACUGGACGAGAUAGAGGAGGAAGACGAGCUAAGUGAGAUUGAGGUUGAACAAGCCCCACCAGUCGUCCCUAUCCCAGCCCCUAUCGAGCCACCAGUCAAGAGGAAACGUGGACGUCCCCCGAAGAGCAAACCAGACACGGCUGCUAUCAUCCGUGUGGAGGACGAGGCCACUGGAGAGGUGGAUGACAUAAUUGUGAAGAAGGAGGUCGCGGACGAUCAAGAUGACCAGGAGGACGGCAACGAUGAAGCCGUGGAGCAGGUGGUGGUCGGCGGAGGGAAGUCUCCCAUCACGCUGGAGGAGGUGCCCCAGGAAGAGGGGACCGCAACGGAGAUGGCGCCGCCUGUUGCCCCACCUAACGGAGACCUCACCCCUGAGAUGAUCCUAAGCAUGAUGGACCGGUGAUGGAUGUGAGGGUCGACCCUGUAAACACACACACACAGACCCCCCCCCGAUCACAUCUUCAUUUUUAAUUCUCGUCAUUUAGGAUUACAAACACUUGCAUCUGCACAGAAACAAACAUCACUGUUGUAAUUUAAGAUUUGCUUUUUAAUCAUGUAUUGAUAAAGAGUUGGAUGAGUGGAAAAAAAAAAGAUUUUUAAUAAGGAUUUACCUACCAAAAAAUACAUUAGCGUGCAUUUAAGUUUGAGGUGGCUGUAAUUGACAGCAGUAUCAAGCGCUACGCUACAUUAUAUAAAUUACGAAUCUCCUCUGACUGAGUAUAUUUCUAUGAUAUAGUCCACUAAAAAUGUUUUAAUGUGAUAGACUGUGUGAAUAUAGUUUUCUAAAAGAUCUGGGUACACUUUCAUCUUUUCUUUCAAAGCCUUUUUGUUUUACUUGUUUAGACACCGUGUGAGUAAAAGUUGCUAAAUAGAUAGCAGUGCAUCCAUAAUGUGGACUUUGCUUUACUUUUUUGCCAUAAUUCCAGUCAAUGUUUCAUAUCCUCACUGAAGAGCAUCAUGUACCUCUGUUAUGACAGAAACCUGCGAUGAAAAGUGGCUUUUUGGGUUUGACUUUUUAGAGAAAAGUACAUUUAGGCCCAAGUUGAAAGUCACUGAUACAUCAUCAAAAAUGUCAUAAGAUUGCAGAAACAGGCAACUUUGAAGAAGAUGAUACUGCCGUUAAUCACAGCCAAUUCAAGAUAAGAAAUAUUUAAUAUUGUAUUUCUUUUUCUGUGGUUAGUAAUUCCUUUUUUUUUUAAGAGCCAAGUCUAGUUUUUAAAAGCUUAAUAGACUGCUUACCUUAUGCUCAUUUCUUGCAACUGUGACACCCCUAGAUGACUUGUAUGUACUAAACAUUGUCACUGAUAAGUGCAAGGAACGUUGUUUUGCUCCCUUUUGUAGCCAUUCCACUUUGGGUUGAUGUUUUCCUUUUCUACCAUUGGCAAUGCAAUGCGACGUAUGCAGCUGAAUGACAUUUUAAUAACUGUGUGGCAGACGAGAACAGAUGUAUGACUGUACAACUGAUUUUUUUUAAAAGGUAGACGUUGAGACUGAUGUUUCUGCAGCUGUAAUAAUCUUGAUCAUGGAUAUUUAAAAUCAGUCUGGUUUGGGAGAAGUUAACAUGUGUUAGUGGUACAGUUACAGCCCCAAGAAAGUAUGGUUUAGAAAAAAUGUUCAUCAAAGUUAGCUGAGAAACAACUGAGUGCUAACACAGAAAUGUCAGGUGUAUUUUGCUUGCAAAUCUAUUUUAUUAAACGGACUACUUGAUAUCAA